AGAAGUGUCCCCCAUAACAACUGCAACUGAUCCAAGCCACCCACGGGCAUGGUGUUGACAAGGGAGCUGUUUGGAACCAGCUGGAACUCCAGGCUUGAUGCCUUGAAUUUCAGAAAGCUAGGCUCAAGAGGCCAUAUGCCUGCAUUAACCUAGCCCUUAACCCAGGUGGGACGAAGCCACCAUGUCCUGCUUCAAACGGGACCUCCCUUGUGGUCCCCUUUUGUGACAUCAAGGGUGUUCCAGGUUGAGUCCCAGGUCUGCCGGGCGACCUGAAUUAGCCACACCUCGGAGGCGCUGCUGCUCUAAGCCCGGCACACAAUGGCCUGAUGGCCCCAUCUGAGCACUGCCACCCACAGAGCAGGAAGAACUGAUCCUGUGUCUUCAUGAAGGUCUGCUGUGAGGCAGGAGGGUCGGCGGGCAGUGUCUGUCCUGCCUCCUCUACCAGUCUGUGCCCAAGUCCCCUGUCGGGCCCUGCUGACCGGGACAGCCAGGCUUUCGAGUAGCAGAGGGGCUGCUGAUCACCGAACCUGGACCUUGACCAGGAGGCACCAAGCAGGGCUGAGGGGCCUCAGGACAGGGCUGCCCAGUGGGCGGGGAGCCUAAAAACCAUUCACCUUCCGGAGUGAGGAGAAAACUGACACAGCGACUUCCCGGGUCCCGCCCGGCCUCUGGCCGCGGAGCGGGGCGGGAGGAGGCGCGUGGGGCGGAGCGGGGCGGUACAAGGAGAGGCGGCCUCGGCCAGCGGAACAGAUGGGCCAUGGGGGCCGGGGGCUGCUGCUACCAGUUCCGCGUCCUGCUGCUGGGGGACGCGGGCGUGGGCAAGACGGCGCUGCUGCGGCGCUACGUGGAGGGCUCGCCGGGCGCCGCGGAGCCCGAGGCCAAGUCGGAGCCCACGGUGGGCGUCGAGUUCUACAGCCGCGCGCUGCAGCUGCCAGCCGGGCCGCGCGUGAAGCUGCAGCUCUGGGACACCGCGGGCCAGGAGCGCUUCAGGUGCAUCACCAGGUCCUUCUACCGGAACGUGGUGGGUGUCCUGCUGGUCUAUGAUGUGACGAACAGGAAGUCCUUUGAACACAUCCAAGACUGGCACCAGGAGGUGCUAUCCACUCAGGGUCCCAAGGUGAUCUUCCUGCUGGUUGGCCACAAGAGUGACCUGCAGAGCACCCGCUGUGUCUCCAACCAGGAGGCAGAGGCGCUGGCCGCCUCUCUCGGCAUGGCCUUCGUAGAGACCUCAGCCAGAAUCAACUGUAAUGUGGACCUGGCCUUUGAUACCCUCACGGAUGCCAUCCUGCAGGCCCUGCAGCAGGGGGACAUCAAGCUGGAAGAGGACUGCGGGGGUGUCCGGCUCAUCCAGAGGGCCCAAGUGCCCCGGUCCCCCAGCAGGAAGCAGCAAUACCCAGGCCCGUGCCAGUGUUGACUCCAAGGGGUCCUGACCUCACCACCCAGUGGAACAGGGACUGUUAAUACCUCGGGGGGACAAAUGACAAAGGAUUAAUGUCCGUAAUAUCUUGACAUGGUCCUGCCUCCUGGAUUUUGAGGUCUCACCCUCACUUUGCUAGGGAAAGGGCUAAGAGGCCAGGUAUGCAUUUCCUCUCUUUGAUCCUGUUUCCUCAUCUGUCAAUGGAACUCAUAAAAAGACCCCACGGCUCAGGGAGGUUGUGGUCCUGAGUGAGAUAAAGGACAGGGUGUGCUCCCUCAGAGCCUGUCACACUGAGAACUGAAGGACAAAAGCUGUCAUCCCUGCCAUUCCUUUCUGGCUGUGACGCUGCCAUUUCUGGCAGCAUUCCUGGGCUUGGUGGUGUCUGGAUGGCUGCCCUGGGGAGGACGGUAUGGGGAUUUCCAGUGUUAGCCUGGCUUGGAGCCACCCCCACCCACCCACCCCCUUUUUAGACAGGGUCUGGUUAUGUAGUUUAGGCUGGCUUGAAUUCACUAUGUAGCCCAGACUGGAUCCUCCUGCCUCAGCCUCCCAAGUGCUGGGAUCACAGGUGUGGGCCACCACAUCUGGCCCUUGGAGCCUCUUUUGGUCCUCACACUAGGAUGAGUCUAGGCAUGGGAUGAGGUGUGGUCUUAAACUCAGGGUUGCUGCUGGCUGUGCCCACCCCAAACCCAGGGGCUGAGUCUGGAUCCUAGAGGCAGGGAUAACGUGAGCAGCAGUCAGGUUGGGCACAGUGGACACUAAGAAGAGCAGUGGAGGGCUGAAGGAUGCGCCAUGCCCCAGCUGCCGGGCAUUCUCCAUGAGGGACCUUAGCUUUCAAAGAUCCCUCUGAGACUGCCCAUCCCUGGGGCAGCCCACGUGCAGCUUCCAUCCGUGCAGGUUUUUAAGGCCCUCUUGCCCCAACUCAGGACAACUCUGAGGGUCAAACCCAGCUUCGUCUUUCCUUGGGAUUCACUGAGGACAUUGCUGACCUCAUCACAGCCAAGUUUUCCCUCUGCCAAUCCUGCUUCCUUCUGACCCAGGUGUGGCUUUCAACAAUGUAUCCAAAUAAAUGUCUGCCCCCCCCCCA